UGACGUCACCGACACACCCACCAGCACCAUCACCACCCGCCUGCUUCGGCUUCAGCUGACUCAUCAGCUGUCAAGCCAGACGCGGGCAAGCCACCGAGCGAGGAGGUGACCGCGAGAACGAGCCAUGCUGCGCCGCGCCGCCUCUCCAGCCCUCAGGGCGCCCCGGGCCGCCUUGCUGGUGAAUCAAUGGCUGCAAAGAAGCUACACGUCGGGGCCUGCGCUGAACGAGGUGGUCAUUGUCAGUGCCGUACGUACACCGGUGGGCUCAUUCCGGAGUUCCCUGUCCUCGAUCACUGCCCCCAAACUGGGUUCCAUCGCGAUCCAAGCUGCCGUGCAGAAAUCUGGCAUUCGCCCGGAGGACGUGCAGGAGGUGUACAUGGGGAACGUUCUGCAGGGCGGAGAGGGGCAGGCACCAGCCAGGCAGGCGCUCAUCGCAGCAGGUUUGCCAAUCUCAACUCCUGCAACAACCAUCAACAAAGUGUGCGCUUCAGGCAUGAAGGCGAUCAUGAUGGCGUCACAGAGCCUCAUGUGUGGCCACCAGGAUGUGAUGGUUGCGGGCGGUAUGGAGAGCAUGUCCAACGUCCCCUUCAUCAUGCGGCGUGAAGAUCCGCCGUACGGCCGCGUCUCCCUAGAAGAUUUAAUUGUUCACGAUGGACUAACGGACGUCUACAACAAGAUACACAUGGGCAACUGUGCGGAGAACACCGCACGUAAGUUUGGGCUGUCACGUGAGGCUCAGGACCAGUACGCCAUCUCCUCGUACCAGCGCAGCCAGAAGGCUUGGGAGUCUGGCAAGCUGCUCAAGGAGGUGGUACCUGUCACCAUCACCAAGAAAGGCAAACCGGAUGUGGUGGUAUCGGAGGAUGAAGAGUUCCGGCGUGUGGAUUUCAGCAAAGUUCCCAAGUUGAAGACUGUGUUCCAGAAGGAAAAUGGCACAGUGACCGCGGCCAACGCGAGCACCCUCAACGACGGGGCAGCCGCUCUGGUUCUCAUGACGGCACAGGCGGCAAAACGGCUGGGCGUCACACCCCUCGCACGCGUGGCCGGCUUUGGAGAUGCUGCGGUGGAUCCCAUUGACUUUCCGAUUGCCCCUGCCUAUGCUGUGCCCAAGGCGCUGGAACACGGCGGUAUCAAGAAAGAAAACAUCGCCAUGUGGGAGAUAAACGAGGCCUUCAGUGUGGUUGUCCUGGCAAACAUCAAAAUUCUGGAAAUUGACCCAGCGCGUGUCAACAUCAAUGGAGGUGCUGUCGCUUUGGGCCACCCCAUUGGGAUGUCAGGGGCUCGGAUCGUUGGCCACAUGGUGCAUGCUCUGAAGGCAGGGGAGUACGGCAUGGCUGCGAUCUGCAAUGGCGGUGGCGGAGCAUCGGCCCUGCUCAUAGAGAAGCUGUGAGCUACCUGGGCAACUACAGCGGCACCUUCCCCACAGAUGAUGGUCACGUAGUUGAUGACGGGCGUCCGAGUGAGCACGUACAUUACUGUUGUAGGAUAGAGUUCAACCUCGAAGGUGUGUCAUUUCAGCCAACGGUAAAACAAAUUUGAGUUAACGUUUGUCUAAAUUCUACGAUGUUUGCACACUCGUCCUGGUAAUUGUGUCGCGAAGAUGCUGUGUUUUUGGACAGCCUUCCACGUUAUUCAUUUGGUGAAGCUUGCCCUCUUGAACGGAAUCGGUACAUGCGCUCCAGAUAACAUUACUAAGGAAGAAUCGGAAGCUCAUACAGCAAUCCCUCGCCAAACGCGGAGGUUAGUUUUCCUGGAAAAGGCCGUGGUAGACAAAUCUGCGGUUGGUAAAAUACAGGGCCUAUGGCAAAUAGGGGGUUAGGGGAACCACGUCCGUGGUCAGACUUGUCAUAGCUUAACUAACUUGAAUAUUUAUUAACUAAACAUGAAUAAAAUAGUGCAUUACACAUCAACAUAAUAAAAUAUAAAUAAACAUUAAAUUUACUUUACAUAACUUUCAUGUUGAGGGUAGAAGUCCAUUAUUAUGACAAUGAGAUUAUGGGGGUAUACAGGUAAUAAACCAUGUGUACAUGAUUUCCGCAGUUGGCUAGGGAUUGCUGUACUCUUUACAAGUUUCCCGGCUCACACUCCUAAUAUAUCACGGCACACAUAAGUAUGUCGCCUUUACAUUUCUUGGAACAGACCAGUAUAUAGCCUUUACAUUUCUUAACAUGUCAGGAGUUUCCAAAGCAUAAAGCACUUUUCAUAAGGAUGACCAACCCAGUUUCAUUGUCCUGUAACCCUCUGAGGUCGAGGAUAAUUCUGGAUCUGAGACAUGGACACACUUUAACAAUCUAAUUCAUUACGAUGUUCAAGUCUUGUAUAGCCCAGUCUCACUCCCAAGGUCAUGUGUAGCUUCGUUGUUCAGAGUUAACGAACCUCUUGUCGAAUGCAUACCUGUGGUAUUGAUGAGCUUCUCAACAAGCUGACCAAUGUGGUGUGGCCGUUAUGCGCUAGGGGAUUGGCGUGAUGGAGGUCUGCUUGGGUACAUCUACAGAAUUCAGCCUCGGAAGGAACUGGACCCAACCAUUGUCAUUUAUCCUCGAGACAUGCUUUGAAGAUCCUUGGCAAUUUAUUGUCAAGUGGGACAGGCACAGUAAUUUUUAUUGGCAAACAUUUCUCUGUGUUACAUUUCUUAGUCUAAGUGUUAUUGUGGAUGUCCCUGCCUUCCCACUUGCCCUUGUUUCAAGCACUGCAAAUAGAGAUGAGAGGAAGUGUUUGGAAGCAUUAAACGUGGGCUAGGGGAUGACACAGUGUGGAAUAGACUCAAAUGUUGUGCAAAUUAAGCUAAAUGGUUGUACAGAAAUAAAAACAAUGGAGUUAUGA